GCGUCAUAUCGAAGCCGACAAGCUGCAGAAGAUCGAGUCUCUGUUGUCGAGGCCGUUAAACCCGAAUUUGCGCCUUGACGAAACGGGCAGGACCGCCUUGCAUGCAGCCGCUUCAGAUGGCCGGUCCGAGAUUGUUCGCAUUCUGCUUCAGGCGCGAGCGGACGUGGACAGGGUUAACGAUCGUGGUGGGACUCCUUUGCUGAAGGCGUGCCAGCGCAAGUCUUCAGACGUGAUCCGUUUGCUGCUGGCGGCACGUGCAGAGGUCGACAAAGCCGACUACGACGAGCGCUUCCCUUUGCUCGCGGCCUGCAAGCACAAACACCUGGACAUUGUCCGUCUCCUCCUGGAAGCUCGUGCGGAUGUGGCACACGAGGGUGGCGCGACCGCCGUCUUCUUGGCAUGCCAGACAGGACAACUCAAACUUUUGCAGCUGCUGCUUGAAGCCAAGGCCAGCUGUCAGAGAAGGAACUCAAGCUACGAGACGCCGUUGCUUAUGGCAUCCCUGGGUGGCCAUGCGGAGAUGGUGCGGCUGCUUCUAGAACAUGAGCGCGAGAACGGGCCAGGAGAAAGAUCUACUCGUGCAAGAACUCUGGCCAACUCACGCAGCGGACAUCCCAGUUCCCCACUCACUGCCGCCUGCCGGGACGGACGCAUGGCGACGGUCCAUGUCCUCCUGGAGUACGAAGCGGAUCCG